UGGCAGUGAACGCGUCGCCGCGGGCGUGGCUUGUCUCUGCUAAAGUAGCACAUUAGCAGCAGCUUUCAGUGUCAAGGGUGAUUAUUUACACCACAGAACCGAGGUGAACCGUUACCAUGACGACUCUGGAUGACAAGAUACUGGGGGAGAAGCUGCAGUACUACUACAGCAGCAGUGAGGAUGAAGGCAGCGACAACGAGGACGAAGAGGGAGAGCACAAGACAGUCCGUGAUGCCAGUGUCGUUGAACCCGAGAUAGAAUACAGCGCAGAUGGAAGCGCUGUCAACACUGGACCCAAGGGUGUGAUCAAUGACUGGAGGAAGUACAAGCAGCUGGAGGUGGAGCAGAAACAAGAGCAGAAGAAAGAGAUGGAGACUCUGCUGAAGAAGCUGUCGAUGACCUGCCGCUCUGACCUCGACCUGGAGAAAGACAAAGAGAAAGAGAAAGAGCUGCAGGCCAAGCUCAAAGGAAAAAUGACCAUGCAAGAAUAUAACAGGCUCCAGCAAGAGGAUGAUGAUGAAGACUUCCUCCAGCAGUAUCGCAUGCAGCGCAUCGAAGAGAUGCGGCGCCAGCUCUGCCGUGGAAAGCGCUUUGAGCAGGUCCACGAGCUUAACAGUGGCGAGGACUUCCUGGACGCUUUGGACAAAGAGGACAAAAGCAUACUGAUCAUGAUCCACAUCUACGAGUCGGACAUCCCGGGCUGCGAGGCCAUGCGUGGCAGCCUGAUGUGUCUGGCGCAGGAAUACCCUCUGGUGAAGUUCUGCAGCGUGCGCAGCUCGGCCAUCAGCACCAGUGCAUUGUUCAGAGACAGUGCUCUGCCCGCCCUGCUGGUUUACAAAGGAGGGGACCUGAUUGGGAACUUUGUGCGGCUCACGGACCAGCUCGGCGACGACUUCUUUGCUGUGGACCUGGAGGCCCUGCUGCAGGAGUACGGCCUGCUGCCCGACAAGUCCCCCGUCGGCCCAAAGACACUUCGCAAUGGAGCAAUAACACAGAGCAAUGUGAGUGAUGAAGACUCUGACCUUGACAUAGACUAGAGCCGUAUUAUAACAUGCUUUAUACUCAAUCUGCAUGGACUUUACAUCAUAUUUAUGUUUGUGGACCCCCUGUAGUGAUUAUGGAGCAGAACACAAUGUAAAUGCACACAUAUCACACCUUCAGCUGUUUCACAUCAUUCCAUUGUAAACAUAAGUUACAGUUAAUAUUAGCUACUAUGAUUAUCAUGUUAUGCAUGGUGGAAAUUCUGUACGUAGUGUGGGCAAAAUUUUUUGAGUUGUGGCUUUCAAAUAUUUAUUAAAAAAAGAAAAACAUUCCUUUGCUUUGUUUCAUCUCCACCUCAUUAUUUGUGUUUGACUUUGCAGAAUGUAAAACCUUCAAACUGACCCUUUUAGUUGAUUUUAUAACUUUUUUAUGUGCUGUACCAUUUCAAAUAGUUGGGAAAAUAAACUGCAACAUGUUUGGAUUCACUGCUUGUUA